CUUAUUUUGUUACUGAAGAAAAGCUGUUAUUUAGAUUUCUAAAAAUCAGGCGAUUUGGGAACGGCUUGAACAAUCGGCAGCAGAAGAACUCCGUUACAAGUUGGCUCCAAUUGCUGAUGGUUUACGAAAAAAUGGUGAAUUACCGGCCCAAUUUGCCGACUCGUUACUUAUCCCAAUGAUACAACCAAUUUUGGAGCUGCUUUCCAGGACUCCGUCAUCGUUCUUCUUGGACACCACAACAUUAUCAACAGAAAUUGGUAAUUAA